AAAUAUUUCUACAGGAGAAGAAGUAGCCAUUAAAUUAGAAUGUAUAAAAACGCGGCAUCCCCAAUUGCAUAUAGAAUCCAAAAUUUACAAAAUGCUUUCAAGAGCWCCUGGAAUACCUAUAAUAAAAUGGUGUGGUUCCGAAGGAGAUUACAAUGUUAUGGUAAUGGAAUUACUAGGUCCGUCAUUAGAAGAUCUUUUCAAUUUUUGUUCCAGAAGAUUUUCAAUAAAAACUGUGCUACUAUUAGCUGACCAAUUGYUGGAUAGAAUAGAGUAUAUACAUAGUAAAAACUUCAUACACAGGGAUAUCAAGCCAGACAAUUUUCUAAUGGGCUUAGGUAAACGUGGCAAUUUGGUGUAUAUUAUAGACUUUGGUCUUGCAAAGAAAUAUUGCGACAGCCGAACCAAUGAACAUAUAAUGUAUCGAGAGAAUAAAAAUCUCACUGGAACUGCUCGAUAUGCUUCCAUUAAUACCCAUUUAGGAAUAGAACAAAGCCGAAGAGAUGAUCUAGAGUCUCUUGGUUAUGUAUUAAUGUACUUUAAUCGUGGUUCCUUGCCAUGGCAAGGUUUGAAAGCAGCUACUAAACGACAAAAAUAUGAACGUAUCAGUGAAAAAAAAAUAGUAACUUCAUUUGAGGAUUUAUGCAAAGGAUAUCCAAAUGAAUUUUUAACAUAUUUGUUAUAUUGCCGUGCAUUAAGAUUUACCGAAAAACCAGAUUUUACUUAUUUAAGGCAAUUAUUUAGGCAGUUGUUCCAUCGUCAAGGGUUUACGUACGACUAUAUUUUCGAUUGGAAUAUGUUAAAAUUUGGAGCAAAUGGUGCUCGAUACAGUGGGUCAGAUGAUCAAAAAAAUGCCUCGCAUCAAGAUAGCAGACGUGCAAUGCAAGACAGUAGCUCUCCUUCUACUAAUGUUGUACCACUAAAUAGUCGCGCUCAAGCUGAUCAAAGUGGAAUAAAGAAUUUUUUAUCCAAAGUUCCUCUGGUACCAAUGGAUAAUUGUUCGGGUGGUGGUGUUAUUCAACCAUUACCAACAAGAUUGCGUUACAGUGCUGAUCCUGGUUCAGCGCGACCAGUGAGAACUCAAACUCGAAGCUCAGCAAUGGCAACAUCUGAUUCGCCGUCUGUUACUCAGCCUUUGCAAACCAACGUCUCCAGUUCAAUGAUACCACCUGCGUGAGCCCCAAUAUGGGUCAAAGCACCGGAUAGAAUGCCAAUCAUGCACCAGCAUAAAUAAACUAUUGCGAUCGAAAUUAUGUAAAUAGCCUAGCCUAUUUUUUUUUUAUUUUUUUUAUUUUAUUAUUAUCUUUAGUUAUUUUUGGUUAAGAUAUAAUUAAGUAUUUUUUA